GGGGUCUCCCCUUCACGGAUAAUGGAAGGAGCCGGGACAGAACGAGUUCUUUCCUUUCGCUGCGGCGGCCGCAGCCAUGAGUAUGCUCAGGCUUCAGAAGAGGCUUGCCUCCAGUGUCCUUCGCUGUGGCAAAAAGAAGGUCUGGUUGGACCCCAAUGAGACCAAUGAAAUUGCCAAUGCCAACUCCCGUCAGCAGAUCCGGAAGCUGAUCAAAGAUGGGCUGAUCAUCCGCAAGCCUGUAACUGUCCAUUCCCGGGCUCGAUGCCGGAAAAACACUUUGGCCCGCCGGAAAGGCAGGCAUAUGGGCAUAGGUAAGCGAAAGGGCACGGCCAAUGCACGGAUGCCAGAGAAGGUUACCUGGAUGAGGAGGAUGAGGAUUCUGCGCCGGUUGCUCAGAAGAUACCGUGAAUCUAAGAAGAUUGACCGCCACAUGUAUCACAGCCUGUACCUGAAGGUGAAGGGAAAUGUGUUCAAAAACAAGCGGAUUCUCAUGGAACACAUCCACAAACUGAAGGCAGACAAAGCUCGCAAGAAGCUCCUGGCUGACCAGGCUGAGGCCCGCAGGUCUAAGACUAAGGAAGCGCGCAAGCGCCGUGAAGAGCGCCUCCAGGCCAAGAAGGAAGAGAUCAUCAAGACUCUGUCCAAGGAGGAAGAGACCAAGAAAUAAAGUUUCUGUCUUAUCUGUACAUAGUGGCCUCGGUGACUACAUAGAUCAACCAUUCAAAUAAAAUAAGCCUUUAUCCGCU